GGCGCGCCGCACGAACAACAACCAACCAACAACACACUUUCGACCGACCAACCAACCAACCGCCAACAGCCCAAAAGCAACAACGAAACACAUUCACACACCGCUCGCUUGCUUGCUUGCUGAGUCGCUCGUUUCGACCAUCAAGUGUUGUUGUUGUUAUUGAUACGUCUGCUCUGGCUUUCGUUGCACACCUGGUACCGACAUCAGCAGCCCUUGCAUUUGACGUCGUGCCAACCCACCACACCGCUGCCGUCGUUUUGGAAUCGACAAACCAUUCGCAGCUGAGAGCUCAUACACCUUGCUUGGGUGAUGGAGCCCGCGUUUCCAAAAGGUGGCAGUGCCACCAUGACACCACCUCCGCCAUCCCAAGCGACACAGCAGUUGUCAACAAGGGAGCACAAGCCGCUACCGCUCCACGCGUGCACUUGCACAUGCACAAACGUCGAGAACGUAUCCCCACCGCUCCUCCACACCAAGACAACUGUCUCAAGUUGGGCCCACUGUCCCAUGCAUCACCACGCAGCUGUUAAUCAACCCCACCUGUCGCACCCGGCGCCUCGUCAACCAUCAGCACCAACGAUAGAGCCCACUUCACCAGCACAGUGUACACCACCCAUCGCUCCCGCUGCCAGCACACCACCCGGCCCACAAAACGCACACGACGCACAUGUGACAAACGCCUCGAACGGCAGCUCUGCACCGAACCCAACGCGCAGCACCACCGCGGUUGUCGGGCGUCGAGCACCUGCGCUGAGCAGCAGCAGCUUCAGCGGCCUGUUUGACCCCGACGCGGACCACCCACCAGGCACCGUCGGCAGCUUCCUGUCGCGCACGGCGUCGCUCGCGCGCAUCAGCAGCCUCAUCAUGCAGGAGGAACAACAACCGUUGGGAGUGCUGCUUGGAGGCGCGGCGACAAGCGACAGCGGAUACGGCAUGCAGCCCCGCGUGUCGCAGAUAUGGAUGGCUACUCUCACACAGCAGCAGCAGCAGCAGCAGCAACAGCAGCAGCAGCAGCAGCAGCAGCAACAACAGCAAUGGGGCAAAGGUCAUGACUGUGGCCAUAGUGGCGAGGAUGAUGCUGAUGAUGCUGGUGAGUAUGGAAACGAAGACGACGACUAUGGGGUUGAAGGGGAUGGAAAAGAGAAGAGAGAAAGCGGCAGUGGAGGGAGAGCAGCUGCUGCUGCUGCUACUCUCAAUAGCAGCGGUGUUGAAGGUGGAAAUGUGGUGAGCAACAACAUGGGUUCUGUUACCAGCAAUGGCGCCCGCAGCCAGCACGGUGGAGAGAUUGCAGCUGAUGGCGAUGCAGGUCGAGCCAGCGCCAACAGUCAUCCACCACCUCCACCACAGUUGCAGCGAGGGACAGACCCAGCACAGGGCGGGGCAUCGUGGUUGCGGCCGGCGCUGCCGUCGCGUCAGGAAUCACGUGCGAGGCUGGCACCAACCCCAUCUGGUGUUCCCCUCACCUUGGGCGGCAUCAGCAGCUUUUUUGCCCGCGCCAACUCCAUGGUGCUGCGCAGUGUGCCGCAGCCAUCAACGCGGCUGACGGGCCUGUCGCAGCUGCUGAGCGCAGACGUGGACACGGUGCAUCCGAUCUACGAGGACGGGGACGACGAGUUCUUCCAGGGGUUUGACGACGACCUUGCCAGCAUGCUGGACCGAGCAUCCUCCCGCGGAUCGUCCAUGCACGGCGGAUAUGGGGAGGCGUUGCCGCCCUCGCCAUCCGCCAUUGCACAGGGCCGUACCCACUCCCGCGCACACCCGACACCCACCCCACUGCAACCCACUCAGCAGCAGCAGCAGCGGCAGCCUGGUGGUGGAGGUGGGCAGGUUGCGUGGCAGCGCAUGCUGUCGAAUCCGUUUGAGUGCUUCUCCACCGACACUGGCGAGGAUGACCCGGCAUUAAUUCCUGCUUGUGCUGAUGAUGGCAAAGGCGGCCGUGGUCCCGCUCAGCAGCAGCAGCAGCAGCAGCAGCAGCAGCAACAACAACAAAUACAACAACAACAACAACAACAACAACAACAGCAGCAGCUGAUGGGAGCCCAACCCCUCCAUCCAAGCUUCUCAUCACUCUUUCCCUCGCUACCGGCAUCUGCUCUCGCAUCUCCACAGCCCUCACUACUGAGACAGAUGCUGCCGCCACCACCACCACCACCACCACCGAUGAUGCAGCCACAGGGUCAGGCGUGUGGCCCCGGUCAGCAGGGCAGUCCUGUUACAUCGCGUGCGAAGCAGCCGAAAAGCGGCCGCAGCGAGGCAAGUUUGGGAGGCGACGAAGGUGAUGAAGGCCAAGCCCAAGGCCUGCGGGUGAAGAGGGUUUCGUCUCUCAACCAGCAGCUGCACCAGGAGCGGUUGCGAAAAGCGGGAGCGGCUACAGGGCGGCGGCGGCGGCGGCAUGGCGGGAGGGCUCGGCCAAACGCGCGCGCUGGCCCGCUUGGUGGCGCCCGCGUCUCCCCUAUUGUGACGCGCGGCACUCACCGUGCGCCGCACCUCCGCUGGCCGAUCCUGCAGAGCACGGGCGAUGGGCAUGUGCGCGUGCACAGGGGAGGCACUCUUGCCAUGAUGCAGGAGACGCAGCGACUGCUGCAGCGGCCACAGCUCCUCUACUACGAAUUCCCGCCAAGCUGCUGACUCUGUGCUUGUGUUGUGUUGUGUUGUGUUGUGUUGU